AUGGGUGCGGUGGUCACAUGGGUGCAACGUAGCGUGUUUCAGUUUUGUGGUGCUGUGAAUGGGGAUGACCGUGCAGCCGGUUUGAAGGAGAAGCUGAGUAAGGCGUUGUCGGAGUUGGUUAAGUUGCGUCGUACAGAGAACGACCUGCGGGCCAAGUUGAACGCCUUUGGUUCCGGUCCGGUGGCGGGUACGGGGGAGGACGCGGAGAGUCUGCGGCGUCGAGUGUGUGAAUUGAACGCUGAGUUGGCUAGUGCGCGUGCGGAGUUGCAGAAGGCGUCUGCUGCGGAGUAUCCGAAACUGUUGGAGGCGAAUCGGCAGCUGGAGGCGCGGCUGGGGGAGGUGGAGGGUCGUUUGGCGGAACGUGUGCGCGAAUUGGGGGAAGAGCAGCAGUUGCGGCGGCAGUUUGAGCAGAAUCUGCAGGCGGAGAAGCAGUUGCGGUCAACGCUGAAUGCUUACUUGCGAGUGGAGCUGCAAGCGAUCUGCACACACGUGCGCGGCCUGGACAACGAGGUCGCGGCAGAUGUCCUCGCGCGUUUGAUGAACUUGACGGACAAGCUAGACGUCGAGUAUACCUCGGAAGAGAUUGUCGCCCGACUAACGGAAGUCGGUGAGAUGACGGAACAGCUGCGUACGCUGCAAGCCGGACUCGAAAGCUACGAAAAGCGGGUGCGCGAGCUCGAGACCUACUUGGGCGACAAGACACAGAACGAGCAAACGCUCGUGACUCAACUGCACUCGCUGGGAGAGAAGUACGACUCCCUCACGCAGCGCAUCGUCAGCAUGUCCAAAAUCACCGAGCAAAAAGAAGCUGAACUGAAAACCAAAGAAGACGAACUCCGAGCUCUACAACUAGCCGCCAAACAGACCUCGGACGACCAUGACACUUUCGCACGCCGUACCAAAUCUCUCGAACAAAACGUGCGCGAACUUGAACUCAAAAACGAAAUGCUCAGAGCAGCACUGGACUCCGCAGUACUCAAGGCGGAUGAGAAGACCCAAGAGCUCUCCAAGAAAAUCGAGUCGAAUAAGGAUUGGGAAGUCCAGGAAGCCGUCCGAAAAGCCGUCAGGGAAUUCGCCGAGAAGAUGGAGGACUUGAAGAAGGAGCAUAGGUCUAAAAUCGCCGACAAGGACGCCCAAUUGAGUCUACAGCAGGCAACGCUAACCGAGCAGCGACAGAGAUUCGAGACCCAGCGACUAGAACUACAGACCGUCUUGGAUGAGCGUCGGUUACUCCAGGACCAGCUCAAAGAAAAGACUGCGGAGCUUCAGGAAAAGGUGGCUCGGCUUGAACAGGCUCGAGACAGCGGCUUGCCGGCGUCUGGAAAGGAGCUGGAGAAAUUACGGUCUGAAAUCCGGUCUAAGGAGGAGGCCAUUUCCCAGUUCCAGGAAGACCUCCGAGCUGUUGAGGAAGAGACCCAGAGACAGAUCAGCGAGGCCAAGGAAUCUCUCGAAAAGGAGCUGCAGAGCAAGCAAGCUGUUUUGACAAAAUUGGACGCUAAGGAGAGGGAGCUCAGGGAGCACCGCGAGCUGCUGGAGGCCAAGUCGAGGGAGUUGGAGGCAAAAUCGAGGGAGUUAGAAACUACAUCGAGCAAUUUUGCGCAGACUCUGACCCAAAAAGACGCGGCCAUUAUGGCGAAAGAGUGUGCUAUAAAGGAGAAGGAAGAGUUGCUCGCCCAGCUGCGGGACGAACGGGGGUCUGAGGUAGUCAGGGCAAAGGCAGCUGCUCUGGCAGCACAAGUACAAGACCUCGAGCAGCAAAAGGUAUCUAUAACUAUCGCGAAGGAAAGCCUUGAACGACAAUUAGUUGAUUGUGAAGAUAAAAUAUCCGAUCUUGAAGAGGCAGUUUGUUCGCUAGAGGACCAGCUGGCUUCGAAACAGGACGAGAUCGCGAAGCUGAAUUCCCAGGUUACGCACCAGACACCAAGUGAGUCGGAGCAAACAACUCUCAAGGCGGAACUGGAAGAGGCGCGGGCGGAGCUGGGAGAUACCACAACGAAGCUCGAAGAGGCCACGACGAAGCUCGAAGAGGCCACGACGAGGCUUGAAGAGCUCUCCCGGGAGCUGGAGACACAAAAGCAGGAGUUGGUAGAGGCACGGGCCAAAAAGGAACGGCUCGUGCAGCAGACAUCCGACCAGGAAUCCGACCAGGAAUCCGACCAGACGUCCGACCAGACAUCCGAGCAGAUGUCUGAUGAUGAAGUGCAGACGUCCGACGGUGAGGAGCAGAUGUCCGAGGAGCGGGGUUGGUCGGAGGAGAAGACGGACGAGAAGGCGGCGGUGGAGGCGGACUUGGUUGCUGUUCGGAAUUCCCUGGAGUCUGAGUUGAGGGUUGCGUGCAGUGGAUGUGAGGAAUUGAGUGAGAAGGUUGUGGUUCUGGAGGAGAGCGUAUCAAGCUUGCAGGAAGAGCUCCGGGAGGCGGAGGCAAGUUGGGCGGAGAAGUUGUCAUCGAACGUGUGUUUGAUAAAUGAUUUGAAGAACGUGAUAGGUGAAUUGGAAAAAUCGAAGUGUGAGUUGACGACUGAGGCAUCGGAGUUGCGGUCACAAUUGGAGGAGCAGGAUCCGGCACGUGCUUGGCAGUUUGACGCUGGUUUGAUCCGGUAUAUAGAAGAGGCCAAGAAGGCAAGUUCCUCAAUGGCCAGUAUCAACUUGACUAGGAAGUGCCAGAGCGGGGAAAUGGUGAGGAUGCUGCGGAAGGCGGCGUACUACUUUGCCUCUCGAGCAGAGGGACUCAGAGAGGAGACUAACGUGCUCAAGACACAGCUCGCAGAAAGCGCCCAGACAAUCCAGAAGACCAGGCACGAGCGGGCACAAGACCAGGAGACCUUCAGCCUAAGAUUGCACAACGCUACAAUGGACAUGGAGAAACUUGACAGCACCAUCAACGCACUCCGGGAACAACUGGCUACUGAGAAACGCGGACGGGAACAAGAGGUACUCACACUUCGACGAGAUAAUGAAACCCUCACUGAACAACUUAAUGAACAACUAGCGGUCAGAACCGCUCUGCAGACUACUGUCGAAACAGCCGAGACUACACCCAAGACACGCAGUUGCCCUGAGUGCGACUCACGAAAACAUCAAGCAAUCAUUGCGCCUACCCCAAGAGCACCCGACACAUUCGAUCUUGUAAAGGCAACCAUUAUACUUGGGGCUAUAACUUGUAUUUAUGUCGGCUACCAAUUAAGUUAUUUAACCAAUUAG